UUGGGGUUUCCAACUCUUGCUGGAAGCAAGGUUCUAGGGCACCCCACUCCUCGCCCUUGGCUUUUCUUCCUGAGCCCCUUGUGCUCUCCAAAAAUGAAGAAAUGGGGUGAGUCCAGCCGCCAAACCCUUGUCUUAGAUCUUAGACAUGUCUCCAGCCUUCCCUUCCCUGUGAGGACAGACUUCCCUACAUUGCAACCGCUGCUUCUACUAAUAAUGAUGAUGACGAUGAUAAUUCCAACCUACAGAGCACACAAUUUAUGGUGUACCAGCAGGCCCUGUGCUGAGUGGUUCCUAUCCAUGUGGGGGGCUAUGACUGUACCCACUUUCCAGAUUAAGAAACUGAGGCUCAGAGGGCAUCUGGCCCAGGAAUCAUGCAGCAAAUCAGUGUCAGAGAACCCAGGGCCCUGGAGGAAAAUCUUCAUUUCCCCACACCUAUGUAGAUCCAGUCUGGAAGGUUAACCCCCAGAGGCUCCAUGGAGUUCCCUGGCCUGGGGUCCCUGGGGACCUCGGAGCCCCUUCCCCAGUUUGUGGAUCCUGCCCUGGUGUCCUCGACGCCAGAGUCGGGGGUCUUCUUCCCCUCUGGGCCUGAGGGCUUGGAUGCAGCAGCCUCCUCCACUGCCCCGAGCACAGCCACCGCUGCAGCUGCGGCUCUGGCCUACUACAGGGAUGCUGAGGCCUACAGACACUCCCCAGUCUUUCAGGUGUACCCAUUGCUCAACUGUAUGGAGGGGAUCCCAGGGGGCUCACCAUAUGCCGGCUGGGCCUACGGCAAGACGGGGCUCUAUCCUGCCUCAACUGUGUGUCCCACCCGCGAGGAAUCCCCUCCCCAGGCCUCAGAAGAUCCAGAUGGAAAAGGCAGCACCAGCUUCCUGGAGACGUUGAAGACAGAGCGGCUGAGUCCAGACCUCUUGACCCUGGGGCCUGCACUGCCUUCAUCACUCCCUGUCCCCAGCAGUGCUUAUGGGAGCCCUGACUUUUCCAGUACCUUCUUUUCUCCCACCGGGAGCCCCCUCAAUUCAGCAGCCUAUUCCUCUCCCAAGCUUCGUGGAACUCUGCCCCUGCCUCCCUGUGAGGCCAGGGAGUGUGUAAACUGCGGAGCAACAGCCACUCCACUGUGGCGGAGGGACAGGACAGGCCACUACCUGUGCAACGCCUGUGGCCUCUAUCACAAGAUGAAUGGGCAGAACAGGCCCCUCAUCCGGCCCAAGAAGCGCCUGAUUGUCAGCAAACGGGCAGGUACUCAGUGCACCAACUGCCAGACGACCACCACAACACUGUGGCGGAGAAAUGCCAGCGGGGACCCCGUGUGCAAUGCUUGCGGCCUCUACUACAAGCUACACCAGGUGAACCGGCCACUGACCAUGCGGAAGGAUGGUAUUCAGACUCGAAACCGCAAGGCAUCUGGAAAAGGGAAAAAGAAACGGGGCUCCAGUCUGGGAAGCACAGGAGCAGCUGAAGGACCAGCUGGUGGUUUUAUGGUGGUGGCUGGGGGCAGCAGUAGCGGGAAUUGUGGGGAGGUGGCUUCAGGCCUGACACUCGGCCCCCCCGGUACUGCCCAUCUCUACCAAGGCCUGGCCCCCGUGGUGCUGUCAGGGUCUGUUAGCCACCUCAUGCCUUUCCCCGGACCCCUGCUGGGCUCACCCACGGGCCCCUUCCCCACAGGCCCAAUGCCCACCACCACCAGCACUACUGUGGUGGCUCCACUCAGCUCAUGAGGGCACAGAGCGUGGCCUCCAGAGCAGGGGUGGUGUCUUCCUCCUCUUGUAGCCAGCAGUCUGGACAACCCAAGUCUCUGAGCCCCAGGCAUCCCCUAGGCCUGAACCUUCAAAGCUUUUGUAAAAUAAAACCACCAAAGUCCUGAAA